CUAUAUGAUUUACAGCUGCAGAGCAAACAAGACAAAGAGACACUCCCAGAAAAUCUUACAGAUCAUUGAUCAUCAAUUACAGUUUGGAAUAAACCUAACAAUGGACAAGUCUCCUACUUCUCCCAAAGGGGGAUUUUUUCGAAGGUUAUCCAGUAUCAGAAAAAGCGGUGCGCACAUUAAAAGAAAGCUUAGCAUGUCUAGGCAACCAUCGACUUUGGAUGAAAAUGAAAAUGAAAAUAAAGACAUUAAGGAAACAGAAAUUCCCCCUAAGCCUUGCUCAGUUCCGAUGAUCAGAGAUUAUAUAAAAACUGAUGAAUUGAGGAAGGCUUAUCUAAACCUACUGUCCCUGAACCUUGAGCUUCAGCAGGAGCGAGAAACUUUGGAAGAUAGAGCUUCUGCCGUUGAUCUUACCAAUAAAGAGACUGACCUUAAAAUGCUAUUUGAGAGCCUAGGGAAUAAAAUGUCUGACAUUGUGCGCUCUAGUACACAGCCUUCAUUCAAUAAAGAGCUACUAGAGCAAGUGGUCAAAAUAAUCCUUGACGAAGAGAAGAAACCAGGGAUGAUGCAGGGUUGGAGGGAGAAAUGGAGAGAGGCAGUGCGAGAUGGAGUUAGAGACACUUUGAAGAAAGUUGACCUGGACAGCCCGAAACAAAAUGCUUCUUGGUUGGCUGUGCAUCUGGGUCUUCUGGGUAAAGCGGUUGAAGAUGAUUUGGAGAAAGUGAAGGAAGAACUAUUAAACAUUUAUCCACCAGACUUUAAUGUGUUUGAAACCUAUGUUUCCUGCCAUCACAAGAUAAUGGAAGAGCAUUUAAAGGGUCUUCUGGAGCAGGUGACAGAGUCGAAAGAUUACCACGCUCUUUUAGAUUUUAUUGUUCAUCACUACGCCAGCGAUGUGAAAAAGGAGCAGAAAGCUAUCGAACAAGAGCAAGACUUCAUCAGUAAAAUCAAGAACGCUUAUCAUCAACGGCUGAUGGAGGACUUUAAAGUUGCACUGGAGAAUAUCAUCAACAUUGAAAGAGACAAUAUGUGGAAAAUGAAGAAAACUCCAGAAAGAACAGAUGAUGGAUUCCUUACUGCAGAGGUUCACAUGGACAUUUGUAAGCUGAUAGCAGCUUAUGCAAGGAAUCUUAAAGAGAUUGAUGAGACUCUUGAGAAGUCAAUUGUACGGUUUUGUUUGGAGGAGCUACAUCAGUUUCACAUAAGAUUUGCAGAAGAGUUCACACGGCAUACCAGCUUUUUGCUGACCUCUGAUCUGCUGGACUUGUGUCUGUGGGUUCAAUAUCACAUCACCUACAUCAACACUUUUCACUCACUCAAAGAUCUCAUGCAAUGCUAUAAGGAGAACUGUUCAGCUCAGGUGGAGCAGCUGGAGAAAGAUGUGGAUGAAUUGACUCAGAGACUCCGUCAGAUACUGAUAGAUCAUUUCAAAAAUGACAUUAAGCCUUAUUUAAAUGGUAUGAUGACAAAGAAAUGGCUCAAAACAGAUGAAGAUUUUACUGAAGUGACAUCCAGGAUUGAAAAUUACUCUGGACUCUGUAAAUCCAUGAGAAAUCCAGCAGCUCAGGUCUUCAUAAACGAUGUGCACUAUUAUGUGGCAAGAGAAUAUGUCUCCCAGCUGAUGAAGAAAAAGUAUUCAUGCAAAAAAAACAAAAAUGAAGAAGCAGCCUGUAAACUAAGAACACAAUGGAAGGAGCUCAAGAAGCUAUUUAAUGAAAUGGGAUCGUCCUUAGACUGGCUGUAUCCACUGGGGGAUUAUCUUAGUGAUAUUAUUGGAAUGGAAAAUAAGAAAAGUAUAAAAGAUCUUUUAAAUCCAUUAGUUAGUAAUUACCCAGACAUAAGCAAGAAGCAAAUGUCAGCAGUACUUUACUUUAGAGACAAUAGUCAAUUGCUCAGCUUGGAGUGGCAUCAUGUUAUGAAUCAGUUUGAUCUGAUUAAACGGGACACUGGGAACAUCCUUCCUGAGCGCAACUUCUUUACAGAUAUAAAGCUUGUUUCCUCAUGGGGACUUCAAAAUGUCAAGGGUCACAAGGUCACAAAAAUACUGUAUUCCUAUCUUUGUGGGAACAAUUGGUAAUUACCAGUGAGAUUUCUUAUGGCAGUACUGCUUCUUUAUGAACCACCACACAGAGGAAUAACAAAUUCAAUUUGGAUUUUUUUUUAUUGCGCUGUACAGGAAAUCUUCAAUAGUACGUUAAACUUGGAAAACACUGCCAGCAUGAAAUGAUUUGUUGUAUGCUUGAAUUCAUUGUUGCCACCAGAGGGAGACAGCAAACUAUAGAUGUAGCAUUUGCAUUUCCUCCAUAUUGUCCAGUCAUGCGAAAGGAGAAGUGAUGGAUUAAUUUUGUUUAUCUGAUGUGAUAACAGUCAUGUAAAUAUACUGUGUAAAACUUAAUAUUGUACAACAUGUUAUGUAUUAUAAUACCAGGUUAAUGCUAGAUGGAACCAAGCCAUAAUUAUUCACAUGUAGCCUUUCCCUCAUGUACAUUUUAAAUCCUGAUAUACUCCCUGAUAACAUCCAUCAAACAGGAUAAACUGCAACAUGCAUUCAUGUUUGUAUGUACGGGGUGCUUUCUGUAAGUUGUGACUUGUGUGCUCAUAUUUGUGUUUUUAUAUUUAAAUAUUAAAAGAAAUUACCAUAUUUGUUUACAUUUAAUCUUAUAUAAUGUAUAAUAAAAAUAUAUUUUAUU